GAUGUGGGAUCUCAAACAUUUACAAACUAUUCAACAAACCCUACUUUCGCUGCUCCAACCUUUACCGUCGCAACUGCUCUUGAUGGACGUGCUUCUGGUUCACCGUCAAUCAAUACAAGGAGCUUUGCCAUCCCUUCGCCUAACGAGUCUGGGAAGAAGAUCGAGAUAUACUCGCUUGCAUUCUACACGGCUUGUACUUUUGGAGGAAUCCUCAGCUGCGGUCUAAUUCACAUGGCCAUCACUCUUCUUGACCUCGUCAAGUGCAGUAUGCAGGUAUAGAUCUAGUUUCAUUCUUUUGCUUAUUUUGCAUUUUCUAUGUGUAUUUUCUAAGUUGAUUCGAUGGUUUUAGUGUUGAUUAUUUUUGAGAUUAGAUCUGCAGUUGGCUUGUAUGUGAUUUGGCUGGAAUCGCUUCUUUUCUAGAAAUUCUUUACUCUUUUUAAUCUAUGUUCCUUUCUAUUGGUUGGAUCUAAGGUUGAUUUCUUUCUGUUGAGUAUUGCCUGAGAUUUGUUGGUUUUUCAAGUGCACUGUCAGUUAUUUGUUCCAUACAAACAUGAAGAGAAAAAAAAAAAAAGGAAGAUGAAAAGUUUUGAAUUGACAGAAUUGGGAAAAAAAGGAAUUUGAAUUUGAAGACAAGGAUCAGGGUUUAUGAUGUUAGACCGAUCCAAUUUGGUAACGAAGUGCUCUUCUUCAGGACAUCCUGUUGCCAAAUUUUUUUAAGUUUGGUAAGUCUUAUUCUGAUGAUGUUGGAGUUCCCAAGGCUUAUCUGGUUGUAUCGUCAGAUUACUUUGCUACGUCUGAAGAGAUUGCAGCACUUUCAGCUAUAACGUGGCAAAGGUUGCACUGCAGCUUAUCCAACCGUGGAUUUAAUGAAUGUUGAUUUGGAUGAUGACAUACAUAUAAUCAACUGUAUAAGAUUGUGAGUUCCUUUUGUCCUUACUUAAGUUCAUUUGUUAUAGAUUUAUCUGUUACUA